AUUAAUUUUAUACGAAUGUCUCGUUGCUAACGUCAGUUUAAUCUCGGAGCGCCGUUCGGCCGGCAGUCUUUUGAUAAGAUUACUUUUAUAUUUUGUGUCAGUUUAACCAAAAGUUAUGUCGCAUCACGGGCAAUGUUUAACGGUAGCAGCGGUCACAGCCGGCGCUAUCGGUGGAGCAUACUGCGCCUUUCAAAUAUACCAAAAUUACUACCAAAAAACAAAGUUGCCGACAGAAUGGACACAAGUUGGCACUCUGUCGGACUUGUAUAUCUAUCCUAUUAAAUCCUGCGGACCUGUGGUCGCUGACAGAGCCGAGUGCUCCAUGUUGGGGCUGAGGGAUGGCUGGCUUAGGGACAGAGUCCUUAUGGUUGUUGAUAAAAAUAUGAACUUCGUAACAGCUCGCGCGCAUCCCGAACUUCUGUUGGUUCAACCUUCAGUAAAGGGCUCCGUACUGACCCUGCAGCACAGCGAUAUGGAACCCCUGCAUCUUAACUUGGCAGAGGUGAUAAUUCGAACAAAACCUAAAACAGCAGUUGUAUGGGGUACACAAGUGCCAGUCUACGACUGCGGAUACGAGCCCGCUGAAUGGUUUUCCAGAAUUAUGGACAAAUCUAGCGACAAUUACAGACUGGUAUACUACGCAUCUCAGAAGAGUCGGUCACUAAGGGAGGCGACCUCAUUUUACUCAUUUUACAAGUUCAGAAAGAAUGACACGGGUGCUCUCCCCGAUGAGGUGUCGUUCAAUCUGAUUAAUGACGCGUCAGUGGAUGACCUGAACAAACGGCUGGUGGAUUGCAAAGUUUCCCACCGCAACUUCCGCCCCAACUUCGUAUUAAAGGGCGCCCAGCCUUACGACGAAGAUAAAUGGAAGUUCGUCAAAAUCGGUGACCAUGUGUAUGAAAUCAUCAAGCCUUGUGGAAGGUGCAUUUUAACAACAAUUGAUCCAGAAACUGGAGUUCGCAACGCGAAGACCGAGCCUUUGGAGACUUUAAAGAGUUACCGCCAAGUAUCGGACCCGGAGGAGCGCAAGGCGGCGGGUAGUUCCCCGCGCAUGGGCCUGCAGAUGGCGCUGCGGUCGGAACCCGGCGGCAUGGUGUCGCUCAACGAUCCCAUUUAUGUCGCAUAAAGUUUAAGAGUACUGGGGUCUAAAAACGCGACAGCAAAGCAAUUCAUUUAAAAAUAUUGCUUUUUGGCCUUUUUAACCCCCUGACGAGAAAUAUUCUACUGAAUUUUGUAUUUCAUCACGUUGAAAUAUUCAAUGUACACGUACGAAUACUGUAAGUGUAUAUAUUAUAUAUUU